AACACAUUGUCGUGUGGAGGCAAAUAAUUAAAAAAAAUAUCAAAAUGAAUUGCAAAUACUACUGUGACAGGACCCUUGGGUGGAUGAUGAACAACAAAAUAAUAGUCUUUCUAAGUUUACUAUGCUUCUGUUUGUUUGUAUCAACGUUGGCGCUGUCGAGUCAGAGAAACGGUUUGAGGAAUGAAGCAAACGAACUGAGAGAACGAUUAGAUAAUAUGACAACAACUACUGUAGCACCGCCAGAAACGACUACCUCUUCAUCAAUUACCGAACCAACGAGUGCACCAACUACUACGCCAACUGUUCCACAAACAACUGAGUCAAAUACUCCACCAGUUACUGAACCAGCAAGCACGACAGCCGUUACACCAAAUACCGAACCAACGAGUGCACCAACUACUACGCCAACUGUUCCACAAACAACUGAGUCAAAUACUCCACCAGUUACUGAACCAGCAAGCACGACAGACGUUACUCCAAGUGAGACAACUACUUCAGCAAUUGCUGAACCAACAAAUGCAGAAGAAACUACCACGACACAAUAGUAGCAGUACAU